GAGCCAUCACAAGCCAUUUUGAUAUUAUUGCAGCAGCUGUGCGAGAAUAUAUCACUCAUCGUAUAUCGCUGCGAAAUGUCAAUCUUUGUGACCGUGUAAUUUGCGUGGUGUACGGUGUCGCGCGAAAGCGAAUUGCGCAUCGAGCGGCGCGGACAAGUAGUGCACAGAUCGUGACAUCGUAGUCGCGAUCGGAUUCGGGUCGGUGGAUUUCGCAAGAGGACAAAGAGCUAUGCGACCGCGGAGCACCUUUUAUUAACCUUGACCCGCUCUCGUUAACAGCAAUCGUGAGCUACUAAAAAUGAUGAUGCUACAUCAUACUGCAAUAAAGACUUUUUGGAAGUGAUUAUUGGAGUCUAUAGAAUCUUGGAUGCAAAAGACUCCUGCCAGAGAUUCUAAUGAUGUUGUAUAGUGGUAAAACAUUGAAUGAGUUAGCUGCACUUAAGGACACUUAUUAAAAUGUAUAUUUGCCUGGAUUAUUUCUGCAGUCACAUUUAAUGUGUAUAUCCUUUAUUGUACACAUUGUAUUUGCAGUUUAAAUGAGACAAGAUGAAUAACGAAAAUAUAGAAAAUCAGCCACCCUUUCAGGCCAUUGAAGACAUGGAUCCUGCUUCAAUGCAACCUGUAUUCCCAGAUACAAAUACACCAUGCGUGGAUGUAUGGAUGGAGAAGAUGAACAAAGGAGUGUUGACAAGUAUCAAUUUCAGAGAAUAUUGGCGAGUCUGGGUACCAAAAAUAUAUAGUCCUGAACGUAAUGGUAAUUGUUUGGAAUGGACUGUAGACGAUGAGACGGCGCAAAGAAUGCUCCUUAAGACUCUAGAAGAAUUUAUGUGCGGCGGCGAUCCGCAAAUAAUUUUGAAAGAGCUUAGUGAGAUGGAUAAUCCGCCAUCUAUAUGUGGCAGAAUGUUUAAAAUGGGUGAACCGACCUAUAGUUGCAGACAAUGCGGUAUGGAUUCAACUUGCGUCCUAUGCGUAGACUGUUUCAAACAAUCCGCUCAUCGGAAUCACAAAUAUAAAAUGGGCACGUCCAAUGGUGGCGGAUGCUGUGACUGCGGUGACACAGAAGCUUGGAGAAGCGAGCCGUUUUGCAAGAUACAUGUAGCAGGAACGCAGUCAAAGGAUUCGCGAGGCAACAAGCUGCCCGGUGAUAUAGCGGAGAGAGCGGUGAUGGUCUUCGAAGCGGUGUUGGCAUAUUGUUAUGAACUAUUGACAUUAGGACAUGCCGUCGCGCUGCCGUCGAAUCUCUGUAUCAAAGACACGGCAUUUUACUCGCUCACACUCGAUCAAUUAGACAUUUUCGACACUUAUUGCACUGUACUUUUCAACGAUGAACAUCACACUUUUGAUCAAGUAAUAACUAUGCUCCAACGCGUUAUUAAAUGUUCGCAAAAGGAGGCUGUAGAGUUUGUGACUAACGUCGAUAGGGAAGGUAGAGCUGUAGUGAAAUGCUCGAUGUUCCGACAUUGCAACGAACUCCGCGAUGACAUUGAAAAAUUUACGUACAGACACAGUAAUCGACCGCUCAAGGUGGUGGUUCUUCAUACUCACACAGUGGCUCAUCAGACGUUCGCUAUGAGAUUGCUCAAUUGGCUGCAACAGUUUAUAAGCCAUUGCGAGGGUUUUCGCGUGCUGUUCAGCAACAUUGCUCUCAAUACAAAAUUACCCGAUACGUCGAUCGUUGAGGGGAUACUCACGAGAGAUUCGCAACUAUGGAAAUCUGCCAGAACAGCGUGGCAUAGAUUAUUUAUAUCUGGAAUGCUCAUGGAGUACGAAAGUAAGAAAACGCUUGCCAUCGUGUUCACCUAUAAUUAUGGCUCCGUCAUGAAGGAUUUUAUCAAAGAUGAUCACGAUCACGCGUUUUCGAUAGUCUCACUCUCCGUUCAGCUAUUUACCGUGCCGACUUUGGCACAUCUACUCAUCGCGCAUCACGAUGUGCUAUUUAUUUUAUUAAACACAUUUGUCUCCGAGAGCUCUCGACGAUGUAACGCUGCUGGGAAAUUGGAAUUCGAGAGAAACAUGCCGCACCAUUCUUUUAAACGAGCUCAAUAUAUACUCUACGACUUGCGGUAUUUACUGAGCGCGAAGCCGGAUGAAUGGACGGAUGAGCUAAGACGCGGUUUCUUGCAAGGUAUUUCGUUAUUGCUCACACUCUUUUGCAGCAUGCAAAGCAUGGAUGCAGUACUACGACAAGUCGGUCAGCACAUGGAGUAUGAACCGGAAUGGGAGUCUGCGUUUAAUCUACACAUUAAAUUGUCACCGGUUAUCACUCUAGCUUUAGAGUGGUGUGGCUCUGACAGAGUAGUACUGAUCAAGUCGUUCAUAUUGCUUCUGAGGAAACUGUAUGAACAGUUAGGCAACAAACCUGCGCCAAGCCAGGUGCGAGAAUUGGCAGAUCAUAGUGCAACGUGUCUACAAUACGACGUAUCAUCCGAACCGGUUUCCAUUCAUUUGCCGCUCUCGAGAUUUCUGGCCGGUCUAUUUCUACAUCUGGAAAAAUAUAAUCUACACUUUCAAUCGUCCGAAUUUAUCAAUCAAACGAAACCAACGCUCGAACAAAUUAUCGAGCCCGUAUUGACGGCACAGGCCAUGAUCUCACAGGUACACUCAGGAAUGUGGCGACGAAACGGUUAUUCCUUGUUAAAUCAGUUGUAUUUUUACCAUAAUGUCAAGUGCCGUAGCGAGAUGCUGGAUCGGGACAUUAUUUUGCUGCAAGUCGGCGCGUCUCUGAUAGAAAGUAAUGAAUUCCUAAUUCACAUCUUAAAUAAAUUCAAUCUCCUUAACUGGGCGCAAUCAGAUUUCGAAGUAAACGCUCUGAAAAAUCCAGAGGAGGACAGUAUGCGCCAAACGAUCAAUCUGGUAGAGGAAUUCCUGGGCUUGCUGAUCACGAUUAUUGGUGAGAGACACGUUCCUGGUAUCGGUCAAGUGACUGCAGACGAUCGUCUUAAGAAGGAGAUUAUACAGCAGUUGUGCAUAAAACCGCUCUCGCAUUCAGAACUAAAUAAAACAUUACCGGAAGAGGUUGUUCACCAUGUCCAGACUGAUGUAGAGAGGGUGAUACACGAAGUAGCAGAUUUUAAAAAACCGAUGCAAGAAUCAGCGGGAAAGGGUGUAUAUGAGUUAAAGCCACACUUAUACACAGAAUACAACGUAUUUUUCUAUCACUAUACGAAGGAAGAGCAUAGUCGAUCCGAAGAAGUUCAACGAAAGCGUAGGAAAAUUCAGGGAGAAUUGGAAUGUUGUCCGCCACCGAAGCUGCCUAAACUGACAGAGUCAUUUAGUAUGGUGGCAGAUUUAUUGCAAUGCGAUGUUAUGCUCCACGUAAUGCAAACCGUGCUAGAACGUGCGCUCAACUUUAAAGCCAGAAGUUUUUCUGAACCGCAGGUACACAAGAUACUUCAUCUGAUCGGUUACGCGCUGCAGGAACAAGAAUCUGGCUACUAUCCUUUCUUCGCAUUUUCUGAACGGGCGGUCAAAUGGAAGAUUUAUAAGUUAUUAGAAGAUCUGUCCACCAGCCCUCGCAUGGAGGCUCAUAAAGAUUUGCUCACAUGGGUUUUGGCCAAGUAUCGCGAGGUUGCAAGUUCAACAAAUACAGAAGUCAGUCCGGCAUCUACGCACACUGACCAACAAUCACUGCAACAAACAAGCGAUGCUGACAUGAGCACUAAGGAGACAGACAAAGAAUGGCGAACAAAAAUGGCAGCUCAGAAGCGCGCUAAAAUCAUGGCGCAGAUGGCAGCUAUGCAGAAACACUUCAUGAAGAAAAAUGCUACCCUGUUCGAAGAAGCGAACCUGGACGCCAAUAGCAAAACUAGCGAUCGUGGUUCCGCUAUGGAUCUGACAGAGUCCUCUCAAGAAGAAAGUACACCAGUCGCCCUUGGCAUUGGUCAGACCAAUAGAUUAGCCGAGCAAAAGACAUACACAUGCAUUUUGUGCCAAGAAGAUCAAAUUGUGACGGAAGCUGAUCCGCCAAUGGUAUUAGCUGCGUUUAUUCAGCAAUCCACUGUAUUGUGUCAGCGUCGAUCAGAUCUUGAGGAGCCCGAUCCGUUGUAUCUGUCAGCCAAACUGGGCGUAUCACCGUACACUAGCACAUGUGGUCAUGUAAUGCAUGCCCGUUGCUGGCAGGAAUAUUUUGAUAACGUUCUCGUCAAGGAGAAUCGGCGACCUUAUAGAACGCGGGCACCAGCGAGCUUUGAUGCCGAGAACCACGAAUAUCUCUGCCCGCUAUGCGAAUGUCUCAGUAAUACUGUUCUUCUGCUUGUACCACCCUUGAAGAUGCUGCAACCAACUCCGGAACCACAGCCAGAUAUUAGCUUCGAGACAUGGUUAAAAGUCAUGGCGCUGGCAAUGGAGUGCAAACCGAAUAGGAAGUUUGGCAAAAUCAUGGAAACGGUAAAGGAUGAGCUGGUAGACAUCGUUAAUCCCAUGACCGUCCUUCGACAAGAGAUCGAAGAAGCUUGGGAGCCUUUCGAAUCUCAAUAUUCACGGUCUGGGCCGCAUCUCACACGAAAAAUAGAGACGAUGAUCCACAUGCACGCUUCGAUAUUUUGGCAAAUCACGGUCCUAAAAUUCAAAGAUUUUAUCGACGGUAAUCCACCUUUAUUAGCUUGGAAGUCGACAGCGUACACGAUCCACGCGAUAGAAUUCCUGUUGCGCGACAUGGACAAGCCAUUAUUGGGUGCUAUGACCUCCCGACAGAGCGAUAGUCUGGAGAGCCUUGUGCGAUUGUCAGCCCUCCUAGGCGCGACUAUGUCGAAUCGAGCGAAUGUCUGGUCGAACCGCGAACAGAUUAUGAUUUACGCAGUAUCGUUACUUACGAUAUUAAUGGAGAGUCCAUCCAACGGACCCAGCAUUUUUGACAUCGAUCCGUUUGGCGUUCUAGUGUCGCUCAUCAAUUCAUUACCAAGUCUCUUUCACACGAAGGCGCACGAAGCGGGUCCGAAUCCACCACCUAUUAUCACGGGCUGCGUGUUCGAGUCACAUGCAUUCAAGCUUGUAUUUCUGUGCCACAUUGCAAAAAUACUCUUCACAUUAGAUGUUUCCAACAUGAUGGAAGUGGAUAGUCAAGAGGUGGAAGUUGAAUCGGACAUUGUCCUGUUCCAUAUUCUGGGCGUGCAUUUGGAUAAACAAAGAGCCAGCAACGUAUGGCGACAAGUGGAAUCUGCUUGUCGGCCCUUCCUCCGAUGUUGCGCCAUUUACUUUCAUUACGUAUCUGAUGUACCACCGUCGAAUGAACUGACGCAAGUUCAUGGCGACACGUACGAGAAACUCUGUCUGUAUCUUGGACUGCCUGCUACUUGCGAUGCUUUAAUCUAUUCCCAUCUAGAUGUUACUUUGAAACUGAUAGACGUGUGGCGGAAUCACCCUACCGUUUGGAAUCAUCGUUCAGGCGUCAAAAAGGCUCAGAUCGUCAAGGAUCCAUUGAUGGUGAACAAGCUAGUAGACCUGCCGGACGAUUACAGCGAGCUCAUCAAUUCGAUAUCUCAGUUUACUUGCCCGAAUAGUGAUCGGGAAGACUCGCGUAAUCCGACGAUGUGCUUGGUAUGCGGCGAGAUGCUAUGCUCGCAAAGCUACUGCUGCCAAACGGAACUUAACAAGAUACCGGUAGGCGCAUGCACGUAUCACGCGAGCAAGUGCGGCUACGGCAUCGGUAUAUUUCUACGUGUACGCGAAUGCGAGAUUUUGUUCUUGCGCACACCGAAUCGCGGUUCCUUUGUGUGCCCGCCUUAUCUCGAUGAAUACGGCGAAACGGAUCAGGGUCUGCGACGCGGAAAUCCGUUGCAUUUGUGUCACGAGAAAUAUCGACGAUUGAAUCACAUAUGGCUCGGUCAUGGACUUCACGAAUCCGUAGCCAGGGCCAUUGAACAGUCUUCGAACAAUCUUAUGCCGACCCAGUGGCAACAUCUAUAACUCUAUUUUGUGGGAUUUUCCACAUCUAAAUGUGGAAAAUCUGAUCCGAACUUUUAUUCUGAAAAAAGAUGAGGAUAAGAAAUAUUAAUUCUUACGCUUAGCAUAUAUAAGAUCUGUGAAAUUUUUUCGGAGAAAUGUGCGCGCAGGCUUAGAUAUUUACAUGUUAUUUCUCUCAUCCUCCCUCUCUCCGUCUUUCUUGCCUUGCGAACACUUUUAAAUCAUUUUAGAGAGUUUACAAAAUUUAAUAUAUUCUUAGAUUGUUUCACAGAAUUAACGAAAUAUCUAUCAUAUGUUAUAUAAAUUAAAAUAUUUCUUUAUAUUUAUUAACGUUGUUGCGUCUUCGAGUUUUGUUUGCUUAUAGAUGCGAAUCUAUGAUUAACAUAACAUACUUGAUCAAUCAUCAUGAAUCGUUUGUGGUGUUUCAUAAGAUUCAGCAAAUUUUCUUUGCAUAUAGGGUGUUUUAAAAGUGAUCAAUCGCUUGGGAAGUGAUUGGGGAUCCAAAAACAAGAAAAAAAGUUAAUAUGAACAUAGGAUUCAGAAAUGCGCUUUUUCCGAGUUAUCAUCAUUUUUAUGUUAAAAUGUCAAAUUGCUUUGCUUUCGAAUUUUUUUGUCAAAAUUGAAAGAAAUGGUUUCGUAUUUUUUUAUUUUAUUUUAUUUAUUUCUUUGUAUUUAUUUAUUUUAUUUUAUUUAUUUUUUUGUAUUUAUUAAUUUAUUUGUUUUUUAUCCUGGAUAAUGCUAAAGUAGCCUGCAACUUUUAUUGGACUUACAUCAUGUUAUAAAACUCAUAGAAACCAUCUCUUCUUUCAAUUUUGACAAAAAAAUUUUGAAAGAAAAGCAAUUUAAAAUUUCAAUAUAAAAAUAACUGAUAACUCGAAAACAACGCAUUUCCGGACCUAUGUUUAUAUCAACUUUUUUGUUGUUAUUGGGUCUCCAAGCAUUUCCCGAGCCAUUGAUUUCCAUUUUUAAAACUCUGUAUAUAAACGAUGGAUCCUACAUUCUAGAUCAUUUGGAAGAUCUAGAACAACGAAAGAGCGGAAUGAACGACGAUAUUCAUACAUGUCAUCGCCGUAUAAAUGUAUUUCGGGCUAAUUUAUAUAUUUGAUACUUUUCAUGUAGGAUAAUGCGAUACCAUAACUUCAAAAUUAACUGGAAAAUUAUUUUCGAAUUAUUCCUGCUAUUGUCUGAUGUUUGUAUUGUAGUUCUCGAUUUUACAUGUCGGCUGUAAUUUCGUCGGAAACCAUCAUGCUUCCGCUUCGAUUCGCAACUCUUAUCUCAGGCUCCAACAUAUGCAGAUAUGAAAUAUGUUCGAUCGCGUUUAUAUAGAAUACAAAGAAGAAAAAUUCGCGGUUUCCGAAAGGAGUAAUUUCUUCUGAAAAAUCUCAACGAUGAAAUAAAAUAAUACGUAAUGUUUGUUUUCUCUCGUUGUGCUAGUCUCUUUUAGAUAGAUGCUACUGGAAGCAAUGUUAAUAAGACGCGCGAGACGAUUUUGGCAUCGUACUUGAAUCCUCGUUUGUUAUGCAGUUGCGAUUCAACUGAUUUACAUCUGUAACACACACAAACACAGAUAGAGAAGAAUUAGAAUUAUUAUUUUAAAAGAUUAUUGUAAAUAUUCUAUAAUUGUACACUUGAUAAAUUUACCGAGAACCUAUCUUUCAUUUUUGUGUAUAUCGCAAUAAGAAGACAACUUGUGGCGACGUAUUCGGCUGACGAUCUUUACAUUUUUAUUACAUCGUCAAGAACGUCUUCAUAUAGUUUAUGAAACAGUACGUUGAAUCGAUAAAAAAUUAUUUGAGGAUUUUGAAGAGAGAAAUUAAUAUGCAUGUAACGAAAAACGUAUAUUAUUGCGUUUAUCGAAAACUUGGAUUGUUAAAUAAAAUUACAAUGCGUAUGCCUUGUCCAAUUUUUAGCAAUACGCACGAGAGAUUAUGCCGCUGUACAUUAGAUCGCUUGUAAAACGAUAAUGCUAUGAACGAUUAGCAUAUUUCAGGUACUUGUGAAAUAUAAAAAAUAUUAUACGAG